CCAUAUUGCCACACCUUAGAUAGUAAAAAUUCAUGGUGAAAAGGGGGAAAAUAAAUUCACGACUCGGUCCGCAUCUUGCUCUUGAAAACUGUAUGAUGAUUGCCCCUUCUUUUGGGUCAUUCAACGUGGACGUAUAUAUAAACCGAACACUACGUAGUUUUCGUUUUCUCCUCCAUUGUCUUUCAUUUAUUUAUGCCCACUCAACAGGCGUCCCGGUGCGAUUCAUCCAUGAAUCAUGGCCAUGCUUUUCUCCUGCUGCGACUGCGCCAAGGCUCUCUAAUUAUUAUACUUAUAGCUGCAAGGACAAGGUUUACAAGGCUAGCAAAGAAUCAUAUGUGGACAAAUUCCUGCUGCCACUUGUCUCCAAAGGCUGCUACUGUGUUGAAUCUGAUACUAGUCUUUCUACAAGAAUCUCUUCUCUGACAUGGCAGAUAGUAGCUUUAUGCCUCAUAUCUGGUCAACGAAGCAACAUACUUAAGGAUGGAUGCAAGGACAAAGAAAGGAAUCGCUGCUUUAGUACUAAGCGGGCCUUUUAGGUUCGCACCUUUGUUUUUGUCAGGCCACUACCGGGAGCACAGCGCCCGAGCAAAGGGCAUUUAUGUUGCUUGCUUUCCAGUGUUAUAUCGCACGUCCAAAGAAGCUUCGGCUGAAUUCGUGCAACGAGUAUGGGAUUGACGUUCCUUCGGCAGAGUCUUUCUCAUAUGUUGUGGGACGCACCGUCGGCAUGCCGGCGCAGGUUUCGGGAAGCUUUCUUUUUGGAGAGGACGAGCCCCGUUGCUUAAAAACGUCACCAUAUCA